UGUUACAGCCUAUGUCAUAAAGUAGAAUUUCUGUGGGAUUAUCAGUUGUCACAUUAAAGUUCAAACGUGCUUCGUCUAUAAAGGUUAUCAACAUUUAGAGAUUUCAUGAUACUAUAAAGGACGUUUAUAGCGUCCAUACUAUCUCACACAACUUUCUAUUACAAUCAGUAAAACAAAACCUUGAAGAUGAAGCUUGCUUUAGUUUUAUUGGUAUUGUUACCAGUAGUAUUUUCUACACCACAGAAAAGACUGAUUUUCGAUACGUUAUUCCAAACUGAUGAACUAAAAACAUUAGUAGACGGGAUAGUAGGUACAGUAGGUACUGAUGCAACUGAACAGGCAUGUGAAACUGAGUGCCACACACUCAUCCAAGCAGAUCAUCUCCUACAAUUCGGAUGUCCAUUGAUUUGUAAAAGUUUCCAGAGUCUGGUUCACCGAUUUGGACAUGUAACAGUUGCCCCAACUUCUGGUUAGAUACAACAAAAAUAAAUCUUCAAGACUAA